AUGUUUGUAAACUUGAUUAACAAGUUAAUUUCUACAUCUGCUAAGAAACCACCGCAAUCAAUCGCUCGCACAGUUUCCACUACCACAACAAUGUCUCCUGCUACCUUACAACCAAUCUUUGACAAGUUGUUCCCUAAGGUUGAAGAGCUGAAACCUGAUUUCAUCAAUGUAUUGAAACAAGCCGUCGAGAUCCCUGCAGUUUCUGGUGACGAAUCUCUAAGACCUAUGGUGGUCAAGAAGGCCAAGUUUUUAGCCUCUCAAUUAGAAUCCCUAGGGUUCCACGACAUUCAAUUGAAAGAGUUAGGUACUCAACCUCCUCCAGUCAAUAACACCCAUUUGCAACUACCUCCAGUAGUAUUAUCUCGUUAUGGGUCUGACCCAGCUAAAAAAACCGUACUAGUUUAUGGUCAUUAUGACGUUCAACCUGCUCAACGUGAAGACGGUUGGGAUACUGAACCAUUUGAAUUGGUUGUAGAUGAAGCUACUCAAACCUUGAGGGGUAGAGGUUCCACUGAUGAUACUGGUCCAUUGACUGGUUGGUUACAUGUUGUGAGAGCCCACAAGGAGGCCGGCAUUGAUUUCCCAGUUAAUUUAAUCACUUGUUUUGAAGGGAUGGAAGAAUCUGGUUCCUUAGGCUUAGAAGAAUUGAUCGCUAAGGAGGCUUCUAACUACUUCAAAGGUGUCGAUGCCGUAUGUAUCAGUGAUAACUAUUGGUUAGGUACUAAGAAACCAGUGUUGACUUACGGUCUAAGAGGUUGUAACUACUAUCAAGUCACCGUCUCUGGUCCAAAGGCAGAUUUACAUUCUGGUGUUUUUGGUGGUAUUAUUGCCGAACCAAUGGUUGACUUAGUACAAGUCCUAUCUGGUCUAGUAGACUCUAAGGGUAAGAUUUUAAUCGAUGGUAUCGAUGAAAUGGUAGCUCCAGUGACCGAAAAGGAGAAAGAAAUCUAUGAAAAGAUCGACUUCUCUCUUGAGGAAUUGAAUGAAGCAAGUGGUUCAAACACUGCCCUAUACACAUCCAAGGAAGACAUUUUGAUGCAUAGAUGGAGAUACCCAUCCCUAUCCGUCCAUGGUGUUGAAGGUGCAUUCUACGGUCAAGGCGCAAAGACUGUAAUCCCUGCUAAAGUCAGUGGUAAAUUCUCUAUUAGAACUGUUCCAGAUAUGGAUUCUGAAAAAUUGACUAAAUUAGUUGUUGACCAUUGUAACAAGAGUUUUGCUAAGUUGGGCUCACCAAACACUUGUCAUGCUGAACUGAUUCACGAUGGUGCUUACUGGGUCUCUGACCCAUUCAAUGCCCAAUUCAGUGCCGCAGCUGAAGCUACAAAGGUUGUAUACGGUGUCGAACCCGAUUUAACUAGAGAAGGUGGAUCAAUUCCAAUCACUUUGACCUUUGAACAAGAAUUGAAGACUUCUGUCUUGCUAUUGCCUAUGGGUCGUGGUGAUGAUGGUGCUCAUUCCAUUAACGAAAAAUUGGAUAUUAGUAACUUCAUCAACGGUAUCAAACUAAUGGGUGCUUACUUACAUUUUUAUGCUCAAUCUCCUGAGAACUAA